AUGUCCCGUCUUCGCGACCCAGCGGAAUAUAUAUCGAAAGCAAAACAUACAUGGGCCGAUCACAUCAUGAGAAGAAUCGACGAUAGAUGGACUAAAAGAACGCUAGAGUGGAUCCCAACAGAUGCUAAACGCCCUCGAGGGAGACCGCCAACGAGAUGGGGUGACGUGUUCGCUACAUGGAUGGACCAGCUGAGAGCUCAGCUGGAUACGGCCAAGGCCCUCGUCAACGUCACUCACGAAACUUGA